UAAAAACAAAAUGGCUGCCUUCCGCUGCAGAGCAUAUUUUACCCGCUUCGUAGCAUUUUAAUUAAUAUGCUGUCGUGUGUUUACCCGAUAUAGCUUAAUUUGUUUCGGGAUAAGUAGCAAACAUGUUUAAAAAAGCAAAGAGAUCUAAUUUAAGACGGAGAAAUGAGUCGGACGAGGACGAGAAAGAAGAAAGUCAGCCGCCAUGCGGGCCUUUCGCCGAGGAUAUCCCGGUGCUCGAUGCCGCCAACGCAGACACCUUGUCCGGGGUUAACGUGGACCUGCACCACGGCAACGGGUUUCAGUCAAAGGCCGUAAAGAAGGAAAAGAAAAUUCGGGAUGUAGGGGGACCCCCGAAAGCCAGUUUGCUGAGCUUUGACGACGACGAAGACGAGGCCGAGGUGUUCAGAGUAAAGAAGUCCAACCACAGCAAGAAGAUCGUGAAACAACUGAAGAAAGAAUACAAGGAGGAUCUGGAGAAGGUGUGCUAUGUUAAACAAGAGCCCAACACCGACGUGUGGCCCCAGCCCCUGGCCUCCAUUAAAGAGGAGCCUGCCAGCAGGGCAGGCAGUGAGCAAGGAGAGGAGGAGAUGGAAGUGGACAGUACUGAUGAACAGGAGCCUAAGACACAAAGCCAGAGCCUCGCCUCCAAGACUCCCACGACAACUGCAGCCGGAGCCUUCUCAAACACCAGCACCUUGUCCACGCUCAGCACCCUGCGUCCAGGUGAGAUCCCGGACGCUGCCUUCAUCCACGCGGCAAGGAAGCGUCGUCAGAUGGCGAGGGAGCUAGGCGGCGACGCCCCCCUGGUGGAGACGGACACGCCCAAGAAGCGUCUGGUCCGAGAGGAGGAAGAGGAGGGAGACGGGAGCGACGACGAAGACGAAGACGAGAAGAGGAUCAGCUUCAGUGGAGUCAAGAACAAGAGCCAGAGGACCAGGAUAGCAGAGGAGAUAGGUAUAGAGGGUAGUGAUGACGAGGCGUUGGAUACUGGAGGUCAGGAUGAGGAGGUGUCACGCUGGGAACAGGAGCAGAUACGCAAAGGGAUCAGCAUCCCCCAGGUCCAGUCCUGCCAGCCAGACGACAACGGUAGCGUGUACUACCACAGCAGCAGCUACGACCCCCAGCAGCCCUACAGCUCUACCUACAGCCUGCCCUACUCCUACAGCAGCAAGCCUGAGGGUUGCACACUGGUCUACAGUGUCCCUGGCGGUGACCUCUCACCUGUCACUACUGACCUGGUCAAGACACGCCUCAGAGACAGGCUGAGCCAGAUGCGUGUGGGGCAUGAUGCUAAUGCUAAGCGCUACGAUCAGAUCCAGGAAGAGCUCGAGGCAGCUCAGAACACCAUUUGCAGGCUCGAGGGUUCAUCCAAUGACGACGCAGAACAGUAUAAAUUCUUGCAAGAGAUGCGAGGGUAUGUUCGAGACUUGCUUGAGUGUUUCGGUGAAAAGGUUCCCACCGUGGCGGAGCUGGAGGGCAACAUGCACCAGUUACUAAGGCAACGGGCCUGUCGGCUGGUCCAGCGGCGCCAGGAUGAUAUUAAAGAUGAAUCGGCGGAGUUUGCCAGCCUUUCAAGUAAGGCUGUGAUGGCUCCUAACCUCAUGUCUGUUGACUCGUUUGGGAGAGACAGGACAGUCUAUCAGGAGCACGCCAGACAGAGAAGGAUCGCUGAACGGGAAGCCAGACGAACGCGGCGGCGGCAGGCGCGGGAGCAGAACGGGAAAAGGGCGGAGCAUCUAGAGGGGUUGUCCUCCGACGAUGAGGAGACAUCGACUGACCUCACAUCGUACUGUCUGGAGAGAGAUCGUAUAGUGCGUGAGAGUAAGAAGGUGUUUGAAGAUGUGCUGGAGGACUUCCAUUCUCUGGACAGUAUCAAGAGUCGUUUUGAGGUGUGGAGACAUCUCUACUUCACCUGCUACAGAGACGCUUACAUAGGACUGUGUCUGCCCAAAUUAUUCAACCCCCUGGUACGACUACAGCUCAUCACAUGGAGCCCUCUACAGGAGAAGUGUGCUAACUUCGAGUACAUGUUGUGGUUUGAGUCGUUGUUGUUCUAUGGCUGUGAGGAGCAGAGUGGGAUGAAGAAAGGAGACGUGGACAUCAACCUACUGCCGGCUAUAGUGGAGAGAGUUAUACUGCCAAAACUAGCAGUUCUAGCUGAGCAGGUGUGGGAUCCUCUGUCCUGUAGUCAGACAACCAGACUGGUGAGCUUCGUGACCAGACUCCUCAGAGGAUACCCUACUGUUCUGAAUGGAGACAACAGGAACACACAGGAGUUUCUGAAGACCAUCGUAUUGAGAACCAGAAGGACUCUGGAUGAUGAUGUGUUCUUACCUCUUUACCCCAAGAACGUGUUGGAGAAUAAGAACAGUGGUCCCUACCUCUUCUUCCAGAGGCAGUUCUGGUCCUGUGUCAAGUUGCUAGGUAACAUCCUCCAGUGGAGUGGUGUAUUGUCUGGUUCCACGGUGAGGGAGUUGGCUCUGGACUCCACCCUGAACAGAUACAUCCUGUCAGCCCUACAGAACGCUGAGGCUGGGGAAGACAGCGUACUGAAGAGUCAGAGGGUGGUGGAGUGUUUCCCAGCCCAGUGGUUUGUAGGGUUGAAAGGUCAGCAGACCCUGCCUCAGCUGGAGCCCUUCUGUCGUUACCUCACCCACCUGGCCUCUGCUCUGCUGAGAGGUUCUCUGGGGGGGUCCGACAUCGACAAGAGGAACGCCAAGGAGCAGAUCAAGGAGGUGGUGAAGCUCUUAGCUCGGCUCAACGCUCUGGAUCACCUCAUCACCGUGGCAACGGAACACGGCAUCAAGGACAUCACACCUCUACUGGACUCCAAGUGACAUCACUGCACCGCUGUGUGUGUGUGUGUGUGAGGACAUCUGAACCCUGUUGUUGGGUCAAACUGCAAGGUUUAUCAUAAUGGACUUUAGUGUGUGUCUGAGAGGUGUGUGUCUGAGAGUGAGAGGUGUGUGUGUGUGUGUGAGGACAUCUGAACCCUGUUGUUGGGUCAAACUGCAAGGUUUAUCAUAAUGGACUUUAAGUGUGUGUCUGAGAGUGAGAGUUGCAGGUGUGUCUGAGAGUGAGAGUUGGAGGUGUGUGUGUGUCUGAGAGUGAGAGUUGGAGGUGUGUGUGUGUCUGAGAGUGAGAGUUGGAGGUGUGUGUGUGUCUGAGAGUGAGAGUUGCAGGUGUGUGUGUAUAUAUUGUGAAUAUUGUAUAUGUGUGAAAAUGUGUCGGGAGGACUAGGAGACUAAGAGCAGGUCUGUUAGAUCAGGAGGACUACAGAUCAGGAGGACUACAGAUCAGGAGGACUACAGAUCAUCCCACACUUCCUCAUCUGGAACUGCUCUACAGAGGAAUUCUGGGAGAUGUAGUUUCUCUCUACAGUCCCCAGAUGGGAGUAUUGCUACUUUCUACACCAGAACUAAUUUAACCAUAAACCAACACCUUCCCUCGUCACCUGAACUGAAAACUUCUAACAUGGUGUUUUGUCUCAUAGCAUGACCCCUCCCCUCUCGCUCUCUCUCCCGUCCUCCUCAUGACGAUCAGAUUAAUCCGCACGAAGAAGACGACUUUAUUGUCCGACGUAGACGAAUGUCCAACGGACACUUGUCUUUAAAUUUAAACUGUCGCCUGCUCUUCUCGUGUUUUACCCCCUGUGCCAUGAUUUCUCUGCUUCACUGAUCCCAGAUCAGCUUAUUGGUUGUCGCCCUAAUUUGAAAGGGUUGAAUGUAACUGAUCCUAGAUCAGUAUCUAGAGUCAACUUCAUUCUGUUGACUGGUGGUGUCACACGAGCCGUUCUCCACCACGACCCUCUGAUUGGAUGAGGAUGUCCCUCUGAUUGGAUGGGGAGGAAGGGUUUUCUAUUUUCAUUUGGCUGAUUUCUGUGUAAAAUGUUUUUUUUUGUUUUGAAUAAAAAAAUAGCUUUGGAAUAA